CAUGUAUCAACAGAUAGAAAUUUUUUAAUUUUUAGUUUUUUUUAGGGGGGAAGGUAAUUAGGUUUGUUUAUUUAACAGAGAUAUUGAGGAUUGAACCCGGGACCUUGUGCAUGCAAAGCUCACACUCUUACCACUGAGCUGUGCCCUCGCCCAACAGAGCCUUUGCUUGAGAAACUUUUGUAUGAAAGGAACCACAGGCAGCUGAGUUGGGAGAUAAGGAAUCUUGGCAUUGGGGUGUCGGAAAAGCAAAGGGAAAUGACGUGCCUACUGAUUGGAAGAAGUGAGUUGUAGAAAGAAGUAGUUAAUUAUGUCUGACUCUUUAAAGAACUAAAUGUUAUUUUGAAUUAAACUAAAAUUUGAAAAGAGGAAACAGGUCUUGGAAGAGGUUACCAAAUAUUAACAGUAGAGUGACUAUAACUAGGGAACAGAUGGUUUUUGUGAAAGUUAGUAUCUUUAAUUUAAUAAACCAGCAGGAAUCUACAAGGACAACACACCCAGUUGGCAAACAGCAAGACCUCACAUGUUUGUUUAGCUGUGUGUAUAUAUAUGUGCUUACCUGUAGAGACAGAAAACCGGGACCGCGGUGACAGAUGGGAUUUCACUGCAAAAAAUUACGCUAAAACAGGAGUCAUUCUGCACGAGGUUCACAUGGUUGAAUUUUGGAAGUAGUGUUGAGUGGGUGCAGAGAAAAUGGGGCAAAAACCAUCGCAACAGAUGACUCUGAAGGACAGUGAAGAGGUUCUCAGCAUCUGUGAGCUGGUCAGUGGAGCUAUAGUCCAUGCAGCUCAGAAACUGAAGGAGUAUCUUGGAUUUGAAGACACCCUGGGCAAUCUCUGCCCAGCUCCAAACACUCUCAAUGAGAUCUUCUUAAUCCACUUUGUCACUUUCUGCCAAGAAAAAGGAGUUGACGAGUGGCUCACCACCACCAAGAUGACCAAGCACCAAGCCUCACUGUUUGGGGCAGACUGGAUUUGGACUUUCUGGGGACCCGAUAAGCAAAUAAGGCUUCAGCUGGCAGUACAGACUCUGCAGAUGUCUUCCCUUCCCCGGGUGGAAUCUAACCCAGAAUCCAGGGCAGAGGCGUCUUCCAGCAAGAGGAGUAGGUUUGAGAAGCUGGAAGAAUUCUGUAACUUGAUAGGAGAGGACUGUCUGGGCCUGUUUAUCAUCUUCGGCGUGCCAGGAAAGCCUAAAGACAUCAGGGGAGUUGUCCUGGACAGUGUCAAAGGUGAGACAGUGAGUCUGAGAGGAGGGAUGGCUGUGGCACAAUUCGUCCUGGAAACUGAAGAUUGUGUCUCCAUCAGGGAGCUGCUUGGAAACUGUCUGAGUAAGAAAGACGGGCUGAGAGAGGUGGGCAGGGUUUAUAUUAGCAUCCUCUGAACUGGAGAUGUGUGAUAAGACUGACCUGGCCUGUAAGAUGAAAACAAAAAAAUAUUCACCCCCUUGCAUCAUUUCUUAAGGGGUUUUUCUUUCCUUCCCCAACUCCCUAACUCCAUUGAAUGAAAACCAUCACCUGGGUCAAAACAGAUGAUUAUGGACAGGAGAAAAAAAAAACCUUCCUGUAUCUCAGGGAAAAUUUAAUAAUUUAGCUUAAUUUUUGAUUCAACAAUAAAAGUGGAGAGUAUAAUAAAGUCACCUUUAAAGUUUGAUUUGGAAAAAAAAUCUGAAGUCUAGCAUUUGAAAAUGUAAAGUGUGUUUUUACUGCUGUGUGUGGUGGGGGGGCAGGUAGGGAAAAGUGGUGCAUAAGACGGAUUUAAUGACAUUGACAAAACCGCUUUAGCUCAGGACUCCCAGGCAAAACCUGGUAUGGCUCUCUUCCUCCAAUCCCUGCCCUGACCCCCACCUCAUCCCAAGCUGCUUCCUCUGCAGAGAGGACCUUGGUGGGAUGCCCUUUGGUACUCACUCGAGUGUUAGCCUUACCUAUGAUUUAAACACAGAAACCCAUAUAACAGUCCUUCGUAAUAACGAUGAACAUGUCUUUAGCAUUUGCAGUAAGGAAAGUAUUCAUGUAUAAAAAUCAUCUUUACUUUAAAAGCCUGGGUGGCUGUAACAGUACUGUAGGGGAAGAAAAAUAAUUUUUCCUCUAGGCUUCUAGCGGGUAGAAGCAAAAAGUUGCUUUAAAGUGUAAAUGGAAGAUGGAUUCAUUCACACGUGAUUGUUAAAUGCCUAUGACUUGCGCGGCUCUGUCUAUGCCCAGCCAGUCCAGCAGUGAAAAGAACAAAGUCCCCACCCUCAGGGAGUUUCUCUCUCAAAGGUGGAAGAUAGACAAUAAACAAAUAUAUGCAAAUAUGUUUUAAAUGCAUAUUUACAUAAAUGUCAGGGGUGCUGUAAAGAAAGAUUAAGCAAUGGGUGAGGGAGUAGAGAGUGAAGGAGAUACAAUUUUAUAUGGUGGUAAAGGAAGGGCCUCAGAGAUCUGAAUAGAGAAAGAGCAUCCUUGCAGGUAUCUGGGAAAGAGUGUUCUAGGCAAAGGGGACUGCAGAUGCAGUGGGAAUGCACAGGGGGCUGUGUGGAUGGAGCAGAGUGAGCCAGGAGGAGACGGACAGGCGAUGGUUCAGAGACGUAGCCAGCAAGCAGGAGCAGCAGAUCCUACCGGUGAGGACUUCAGUCUGAAUGAUACGGGGAGAGAAGUGCCUUGAUCUGACUUAGAAUUUAAAAAGUUAAGGAAAGCAAUUUUUUUUAAUUUAACUAUAGUCAGUUUACAAUAUUGUGUUAAUUUCUGGUAUACAGCACAGUGAUUCAGUUAUAUACAUUCCUUUCCAUAUUCUUUUUCCUCAUAGGCUAUUGUAAGAUAUUGAAUAUAGCUCCCUAUGCUAUAGUAGGAUCUUGCUGUUUAUCUGUUUUAUAUAUGGUAGUAUCUCCAAACCCCAAACUCCCAAUUUCUUUCUCCACCCUUCCCUUUCCCAGCUGGUAACCACAAUAUUUUUUUCAUGCCUGCAAGUCUCUUUCUGUUUUGUAAAUAAGUUCAUUUGUGUCAUUUUUUUUUUAGAUUCCACAUAUAAGUGAUACCAUAUGGUAUUUUUCUUU